UCGAUCUUCUUAGGGCUUCUCUUGAUCUUGCGAUUCCCUGCUCUCUGUUGUUUCCUUCAACGACCAAACAAACCAAAGAUUUUAGAUUUUUCUCUUUUUGGGCAGUAAAAGACUUCAGAUUUGUUUACCAAAUUAAGGAUCCGAGCCAAUUUGAUCGGUCAUGGCUUCUCCGGCCAACAACAAUUCCUCUUCUUCUCCUCCGAUCCCUAACAGACCAAACCCUAAACCCAGAAACUCGGAGGUUGGUGAUCCUUUGCGCCGGAGUUUUGGUGGCAACCCAUUUCCGGCCAAUUCUAAAGUCAAUAUCCCCAAAGAUUUUUCUCGGAGGAACUCUUUUGGUGGCAGAGAAAAUCCUCGUGUAGAGUUUGGCGACAAAGAGAACGAGAACAAAGCUCUUCCGCUUCCAAAAGCUUCCAAGAACUUCAUGUCACCAACAAUCUCAGCUGUUUCUAAGAUCAAUCCAUCUCCAAGGAAGAAAGUGUUGUCUGAGAAGAACGAACUGUCUCGUUCCUCUGACACUAAAGGCCUAAUCUUGGAGGAAACCAAAAGCCAUCGAAAUGUUCGGUCAUGUGUUUCGUUUUCUGAAGAGAUACACAUCAUUGGUGUCGAUGAAAAGAAGCGGUUCGAGGGAUCACAUGACAUGACUGUUACUGAUUUCGAUGAGAAUGAAGUUCAUGAGAACAAAGGGAUUGUGUAUUCUGAUCCAAGAUUCAGGAUCAGUCCUCGUCCUACUGUUCCAUACACAUCUCCUGAGUUUGCAGGUCGUGAAGUCGAUACAUUGUUGCCUCCUUAUGAUCCGAAGAAGAAUUAUCUGUCGCCGAGGCCUCAGUUUCUUCAUUAUAAGCCGAAUCCAAGAGUCGAGAAGGAUUUUGAUGAGUGCAAGCAGCUUGAGGAGCUUUUCAUCUCUGAAAGCUCUUCUUCUGAGACUGAAUUGUCUGCGGGGGAAUCUGAAAAAUGUGAGGAGCAAGAGGAGGUUGCUUAUCCUGAAGAUGGAGCUGAGGCAGUAGUUGAAGAAAAAGAAGAAGUCGAAGAUGUGGAGCAAUUGGAAGCAGAGAGGGACGAAGAAAUGGUUUGUGAGAGCACUGAAGAGACAAGUCAGGUUCCAAAACAGUCUGGUUUCAGAAAAUUCAAGUUCCUUGGUUGGCUUUUGGCUAUGGCAUUGGGGUGUUUGUUGGUUUCAGCGACAUUUUCUGGACUUUCAAUCCUUAAAGAAUCGCCUUUCCACGAGUUCCAUAUCCCGACAGGAAUCACAGAGUUUGCAGAAGCUAACAACUUGGGGCAGUUGAGUGAAAAGCUCUGGACUUUGACAGAAUCAUCAGUUGAUAAGCUGAUCUCACGUCUAAGAGGAGGAGCAGAGAAACAAGCAAACAAUUUGGAGCAGUUAAGUGAAAAGCUCUUGACUUUGACAGAAUCAUCACUUGUGUACGUGGAUAAGCUGAUCUCACGUCUAAGAGGAAGAGCAGAGGAACAUGGUCCUUGGCAAUUUCAGAACUUGACAUAUGUUCUGGAAGAUUAUACUGUUUUCCAGCCAACAAGUGUUGAAAUCAAUGAAGUACCAAUGCUAGAGAGGAGCAAUCUUGAUGAUGGUUAUGACAAUGGAUUUGAGGAGGAGGGUGAAGGAGAGGAAAACUCAGAAAUGGUUUAUGAAGCAAAAGAUGGUGAUGCAGAAACUAAUGAGUUUGAUGAAAUGGUUGAGAUGAAACCGGGCACAGAUAUAGAGUUAAAUGAAGGUGAAGCAAACUUGGAAGCUCUUUUCUUAGAGUCCAUCGAAGAACAGAAAGAGUCUGCGAUGAAUCAUGAAGAAAACAGUGAAUUCUUAGAGUACAUAAAAGAACAGAAAGAGUCUCCGGUGAAUCAUGAAGAAAACAGUGAAUUUCAAGAACAGAUUGAAACUAAAUCAACCAAGGACCCGGAGCAGUUUAAAGAAGAUGAAUCUGAAGCGGUCUUCAUAGAAUCCAAUCCCAUCAAUGUGCACCAGCCAAAAGAGACUGAGGUAGCUGAUAUUGAAAGUGGAUCAGAGGAAGGUUUUGGAGAAGUUGCAGCAGUAACUAGUGAUGAUCUUCAACCUAAACUGCAGGAGUGUGAGUUAGUUGAUGCUGAAAAUGUCUCAGAAGAAGGUUUUGGAGAAACUGCAGCAGAAACUAGCGAUGAUCUUCAUCCUAAAGUAAAGUCUUUUAACAAGGCGAUGAUAGUAUCUUCCUCGACUGUGCUGGUUCUACUCGCAGCUGUUGCUUUCUUAUUCGCUAAGAAGGCAAAACCUGUGGCUGCAUCUGCUCCUGAACCAGCUCCUGUGACCGAGAAGCUAAACUUGGUGGGUCAUGUACCAGUGGAGAAUCUGAUGAAAGAAAGUCUUUCUUCACUGAAUCUCCAGGCAGAAGAAGUUGAGGACAGGACAAGUAACAGUUUCCAUAAGAAGAGCUCAUUCUUGAGCGAACAUCAAAGCGGAGGAGGAGGAGGCAAGAAGAGUAAUAGCAACAAGAACUUGAGGAGAGAAUCAAUGGCAUCCUCAGCAUCAGAAUACUCCGUAGGCUCCUUUUCUUAUGGAAGUUUCACAACUUACGAGAAAAUCCCCAUCAAAAGUGGGGAUAGAGAGGAAGAGAUGAUUACACCUGUGAGACGUUCAAGCAGGAUUAGAAACAACCAACCUUCUGGGGGGCUAUGAGAAAGAGAGAGACUCACUACCACUUCUUGUUCUAGUCAUUGCACCACUCUGCAAUCUUUAGUUUCACUAGAAUUAGGAUUAGCUUUCUUGAGUUCUAAUCUCUUGAAUUGUACCAGACUUGAUUCAAUCUUAAGGUCUUUCUUAUGUGUGUGUGGAAGAACCAAAGCAUCAACUUUUCAUUUUAGUCAUUGCACUACUCUGCAAUCUUUUAGCAUUUGACUUCUAAUCUCCUCAUUUGUACCAAACU